GAAGAAAACUACAUUAUGGAAAUGACCGCGGAGCCACGGAAUUCACAAUCUCCUGGCCAUACUGCGAAUCAGUCACGUGCUUGUGAUCAGUGUCAUCGAAGGAAGAUUCGUUGCGACAGACGGGUCCCUUGUUCGAACUGCCAAACAGCCAAUUUACCAUGCCGAACUCUGGCUCGGCGGCCUGUGUUGGCCCAGGUCAGACCAAGCACCAGAAGCAACGAAGAUAGCAGAUUUGAACGUCUCGAGAAGCAACUUUCCGAUAUUCAGCGGACUUUGUCAAUGCUGCAAAGCAGUCUCAUGGAGUCAAAAGUAUCUGACUAUCCUUCCGAUUCGGCAGAAGUGAGAGACAAACCCGACACCACGGCCAAUCAGCAUCCUGCGGUAGUCACGAGAGACGGCUCAAGCGUGACAUCUUCAGAAAUGCUCGCCUAUGAAGGUGCAUCAUCUCUUAGUGUUCAGUCGCACCUUGCAAGCGAGAUAUUUCGAGACCUAGUCAAAGGGAACCCUCUUGAUAGUUCGGCCCCAGAUAUUAGCAUGGAUUACUCGCAGCUCGACAAGGCUUUGAAUCGCAAUGAUCCACAGUCACUUCUUUACGAUAAAUCCUUUCCAGAGACAAAACACCAAGAGAAGUCUCAAGGGAAUAUUGUAAUGCCCCCCUUGACUGAUAUCGUGCUGCUCUUGAAAUGGACUAAAGGCCCUACACAGCCGACUUUGUUGUCCUUUCUUCCCCUUGUCUCUAUCUCUGAGCUCGACAGCCUCUGCAAAAAGGCUUACUUCGAAAUGGAAGAAUGCACCACCUCCGACUUGAUUAUCAUGAAUGCGUGUUUACUAUUUUUACUUCCAGAAUACUGUAUUUCACAGAGCAAUGAUGACUCUGUAACAGCAAAGUGCCGUCUCAAUAGCCUUCUUUGCCAGAGAAAUCUAGAAUUGGCCCUGAGUCGUUUAAAUCUAUUCAUGAAUUUGUCAUUGGAUAAUGCAAAAGCUUUGAUAUUGGCCUCAAUGUAUGCCAUAGGUACACAUUCUCUUAGUAUGGCUUGGACAUUGAUUUCCACAGCAGCCAGACUAUGUCAUAGUCUGGGUCAUCAUUGUUUGACCGUCCAAAAGAACACGAGUAGUAGUGAUGAAAAUACGAAGAGGGUGUUGUUUGGGUAUGUCUACAUUCUAGACCAGACGCUUUCCUUGAGACUUGGCCGGCCAUCGAGUCUUCGCGAGUGCGACCUCGCAACAGACUCUCUUCCCACCACGUCGACUUCUGAUCUGCAGGUAUCGGACUUUGUUUGGUCCCUGUGGAUAGAGGCAGCCAAACUUCAUGCUUGGACAUUCGAACGCCUCUAUAGUCCCAAAGCCAUGGAGCUAUCACAAAACGCGCGUACAGAAGCUAUGAGAAAUCUCGCUUUGCUCACUCUCGCUGCAAAAUCUAGGAAUUCUAAGCUCGAAGGCCAGUUCUGCGAUUCUGGGGCUAGCCCCCACCAAUAUCUUGAUUUCGUCCAGCGUGCAAACGAUGUGGUUUUUUUGUCUCUUUUGACGCUAAUUUACCGAUCAAUCCCUAACGAAAGCUCUGAUACAUUGUCCCCGUUCAACCAACAAUGUCUCGAAGCGGCCCAGGCGGCACUCGCAGCACAUCAUUUCUGCUAUGUCAACUACAAGGAUAAGCACAAAUAUAUAUGGACAAUAUAUCUGCAGUGGACCGUCCUUGCAUGCCCCAUCAUACCCUUUCUCGUUAUGUUUUGUCAUGCCGUCACGACCCUCUCCCUUGAGACUAUGGAAGAUUUGGAAAAGUUCGUCACCUCCCUCCAGCCAGUUACUCAGACCUAUAUUGCCGGCUCAAAAACUCACGCACUUUGUCAACGGUUCUACAAUGCUGGAAAAUCCUACAUUGAGACGCAACUGCAGCGACAGAAGGAGGCAAGCAUGACGGACACGUGCCCGGAUCUUGGUGCGACCAUUUUCACCGAUAUCAUACCCGAGUUCUGGCAUGUCUCUGAUGGUACGAGUUACACUCCAGGAAAUUCUGGGCUGAACACUCCAGGGAGGCGACAGAUGCAAUUUGGACAAGAUCUUAUGUCAGAAGAAGAUGGUUGGUUUUUCGGAGACCCAACCAUUUUGGGACUUGCCGACGAUAUUUACCAUAAUAUAGGCAACAGGUCGGUGUAGUGCGAUGUAAAUAAAUGGAAAAUUAUAGGCUUUCA